AUGUCUUUCCGAGAAUUUAUCCUCAAUCUUAUUCCCAGUGUCUCUAAUAUGAGAAUCGAACAAGUUGCCACCUGCACACGUUCCAAUUGCAACAGGCCCGUGUACAUAGAAGCAGAUGGAUACGCACAUCCUUAUUGUAGCAAGACUUGUGCUUCAAUUUAUAAGGCGAAUGUCGGAAAAUGUUCUAACGCUAGAUGUCGUAAACUCAAAUAUGUGGAAGCCGACGGAAAAGUCUUUGACUAUUGCGGACGAACUUGCGCUCAAUUCCAAAAAAAAUGUGCUCGAAACGGAUGCAAUCGUUCAAGAUAUAUCGAACCAUCCAAGAGAAAAAAUUAUUAUUUAUUUUGUAGUCCUGCGUGUUAUUGGAAAGGUUCCGACUCUUUGGUUUCCACGAAAAUCUCUACACUCUCUACCAAUAAUUUGGAUUACAUCCGUAUCCAACGAGAAUUUUCAUCUGCAUUGCCUCAAGCCACAAUUUUAGGAAUUCUACUCUUGCAGAUGCCAAGUAACAUCGUUAAGGCUCAUGACGCCUUGAAAGGUAACAUGGCCACCUCGGGAAGUGCAUUGUACAAAAUGUAUCAUGGCACAAAGUCUGUUUGCGAUCCUGUAAAUUUGAUUUCUCGCAAAGAACCGAUAUGCCAAUCAGGUUGUGGCGUCUGCGGGAUCAUUAGAGAAGGAAAUAAAACUUCUUAUUCUCGUAGUGGUGUUAACCAAAUGUGGUUCGGGAGAUCUCCCGCCGUUUCUAUUGGCUACACGAGUGGAUCCAAUAAAGCAAUUUUUUGCGUGGAUGUCAUUUCUCCUUCUCCUCCUGCCAACUUUAUAAUUGUUAAUUCCAAUCCGCAACCUCAUCGCACAACGCGCGAUUAUAUCUUCGUACCUCAGAUUCCUUAUAUCUUUUCAUCUCACCGAUUACACCACCAUCAAGAGAAACCCUUUUUUAAUGUGAUAGGGGAGAGGACGAGAAAUGGGUUAGUCGUUUUAACAUAUUUUCAUUGUCAUGAAAUCUAUCGGUUGAACCUUGAAGAGGAUUCCUUUGAACUCAUUUCCGAGAGAGUACCGAUGCAAGGGUUGCUUCCAGAUCGAGAAUAUAAAGGUUUGGAUAUCUCGGAGAUGGAUGAUUUCUUUUCCGAACGAGAAUCAAUCCGGGAAAUUCUAGCCAAUGUU